UUGUGGGUGGGGGGAAGUAUCCAUCCUUUUUAUCUAUAUAAUCACAUCGAUCCUUUGCUUAGUAACGCAUCAUAAACCCUAAUCUAUAAAUCCCAAAUAUGUCUAACAAUUUGAUGAAGAAAAAGCUUCAAGGAAAAGUAGCAAUUGUAACCGGCGGCGCAAGCGGCAUCGGCGAGACCACCGCCCGCGUCCUGGCCGAUCACGGGGCGCGCGCGGUGGUGAUCGCCGAUAUCCAACCCGAAAGGGGCCGCGCUGUGGCCGAAUCCAUCGGCCUGCAGCACUGCAGCUACGUCCAGUGCGACGUGGCGGACGAGGAACAAGUCGCGGCCAUGGUCGAAUGGACGGCGACGACGUACGGCGGCCUCGAUGUAAUGUUCAGCAACGCCGGCAUCUUGGCCGGCUCCCUUCAGACCAUCCUGGAGCUGGAUUUUUCGGAAUACGAGCGCGUGAUGCGCGUGAACGCGCGUGGCAUGGCGGUGUGCGUGAAGCAGGCGGCGCGUAAGAUGGUGGAAUUGGGAACGAGAGGGGCUAUCGUCUGUAUGUCAAGUGCGACGGCGGAUAAGGCGUCGAUGAACGUGACGGACUAUGUGAUGUCGAAGGCGGCGGUGCUGGGGCUGAUGCGGAGCGCGAGCUUGCAGCUCGGGAAGCACGGGAUACGGGUGAACAGCGUGUCGUCCGGGGCGGUGUUCACGCCGCUUGUUGCAAACGAUGGGAUGGUGACGGCGGCGGAUGUGGGGAAACAUGUCGCGCCCUACACGAGCUUGAAAGGGGCGACGAUCGCCACGGAGAACGUGGCGGACGCGGUGGCGUUUCUGGCUUCGGAUGAGGCGGCGCUUGUCACCGGAGUUGAUUUGAAGGUGGAUGGUGGGAUCAUUGCCAUGCCAUUCCUUGAGUCAAACUAAUCUGUGUUUGAAUAAAUGUAUCAAAUCUUUAAUUCCUAUAAAGAAGCUCAACUACCUUAUGUUGAAUAAAGUUGGAUUUUCUUUUCU